AUGGCGACGGAGUACGAGCGGAAAAGAUUGGAGAACAUUAGACGGAACGAUGAGAUGUUGGCGGCUCUCAAUGUCCGCGCCAAAGCUUCUAAUCUCGCCGCCGCAAUCAAACGCCCUCGAGAAGAGUCUAAAUCAUUUAAGAAGAAGAAGACGACGAGUAAACCCGAGACGCCCGUCGUUAUCCGGCAAUCUCUACGCACCAGAGGCUUGAAUCCGGAUUCCGGUGGCUUACCCGACCCGAUUUUAGAGAAUCUCAGACGUAGGGCGGCUCCUCCUCGAGAGAAGCUUCCUCGGAAGAAAUCGCGUCGCCAAUUGGCUCCUCCUAAACAGUACGCAUCGCCUAUCCCGAAGCAAUCGGAUCGUCAAUUGGCUCCUCUGCCCUUCGAUGCGGCUUAUGGUGGUGACGGUUCUCAUGAAGAUUUCGUUCAGACUAUGUUAGGUAUUGCGAGAAAGCCGAAUGAAAAUGGAGAAAUUGGAGCGGUUAAGGUUUGUAAGGAUGAUAAUGAUAAUGAUGAUACUCCUCUGUCUCAUAGACGUUGUAACACUAGGAGCUCUUCUCGCUUGUCUGUGAAAAAGGAAAAGCCAAUUUCAUCUAGUGAUGGUUAUGUGAAGAAGGAAGCUUUUGAUUCUGAUUCGCGGGUUAAGCCUGAGAAAAUCGAGUUUGAGAGUGGUUUUGAUGCGGGACCGUUGAGUUUGAAACCGGAGAACGUAGCACGUGUUGUCCCUGGGAGGAUUUUCGUUGUAAAGUUCUUACCUUGCGAGAAUGUUAACAUGGUUGCUGCAGGGGACAAACUUGGGAAUGUUGGUUUUUGGAAUUUAGAUUAUUGCGAGGAUGGGAAUAAAGAUGAGAAUGGGAUAUAUCUAUUCCAGCCUCACACUGCCCCAGUUUCAUCUCUUGUGUUUCAGCAACACAAUAUCUCAAAGGUCUUUAGCAGCAGCUAUGAUGGUCUUAUACGGUUGAUGGAUGUUGAAAACUCAGUUUUUGACUUGGUGUAUACGAGCGAUGAACCUAUAUUUUCCCUCUCGCAGAGGCCAAACGAUGAGCAGAGUUUGUACUUUUGUGAGGGAUAUGGAAUGUUGAAUGCGUGGGACCUUCGAGCAGGGAAGUCGAUGUUUCAGUGGGAUUUUAACAAACACAGGAUAAACUCUAUAGACUUCAACCCGAGAGAUCCUCAUGUCAUGGCUACAAGCUCCACAGAUGGGACUGCUUGCAUUUGGGAUUUGAGAAGCAUGGGAGCAGAAAAACCAAAUACAUUGAGGACUGUUAGUCAUCGCAGGGCUGUGCACUCUGCUUAUUUCUCACCUUCUGGCCUUUCUCUUGCAACCACAAGCAAUGACAACUAUGUUGGUGUUACAAGCGGGCCCAAUUUUGAGGAAACUUCAAUGAUAUAUCACGAUAAUUCAACCAACAGAUGGAUCUCCAGUUUCAGGGGGGUAUGGGGAUGGGAUGAUUCAUAUAUCUUUGUCGGCAAUUGGUCAAAAGGAAUUGAUGUCAUCUCUCCGAAGCUAAAGCGAACAGUGAAGGAACUGCGUGACCCUCUUCAGAGAGCUAUUCCAUGCAGACUACAUUGCCAUCCUCUCAAUGUUGGAAUGCUUGCAGGAUCCACGGCUGGAGGACAGGUCUAUGUUUGGACUACAAAGUAG